CUGCCCCGCCCCGCACGUGACCAGCAAGCCGGCAGGGCCGGGAGUAGGGGAGAGGAGCAAAGUGCGGCAACUUGGGCGGCGGCAGCAGCUAGGGCAUGGCGGCUCUCUACGGCGGCGUGGAGGGGGGAGGCUCACGGUCCAAGGUCCUUUUACUCUCAGAGGACGGGCAGAUUGUGGCAGAAGCAGAUGGACUCAGCACAAAUCACUGGCUAAUCGGGAUAGACAAGUGUGUGGAGAGGAUCAACGAGAUGGUGAACAGGGCCAAACUGGAAGCAGGGCUGGAUCCUCUGGUCCCUCUACGAAGCCUGGGCUUGUCCCUGAGCGGUGGGGAGCAGGAGGACGCACUGAGGGUCCUGACAGAGGAGCUGAAGAACCGAUUUCCCCACCUGAGCGACAGCUACUUAAUUACCACAGACGCCGCGGGCUCCAUCGCCACAGCGACGGAGGCUGGUGGGAUCGUGCUCAUCUCUGGGACAGGUUCCAACUGCAGGCUCAUCAACCCCGAUGGCUCGGAGAGUGGCUGUGGUGGCUGGGGCCACAUGAUGGGGGACGAGGGCUCAGGUCUGAGUUUCCUGGUCUGUGGACUCAGGGAGAUCGUCCCAUCUUCGCCCUCUCUGCCCUCCACAGCCUACUGGAUUGCACACCAAGCAGUGAAAAUAGUGUUUGACUCUAUCGACAACUUGGAGGUGGCUCCUCAUGACAUUGGCUUCAUGAAAUACAUCAUGUUUGACUAUUUCCAGGUGUCAGACCGGCUAGGAAUCCUCACCCACCUGUAUAGGGACUUUGAUAAAUGCCGAUUUGCUGGGUUUUGCCAGAAAAUUGCAGAAGGUACUGGAGGGGUACUCACCAGCUCCCUUCCCCCCAAUCCCGCCCCAGGUGCUCGGGAGGGGGACGCCCUCUCCCAGUUUAUCUUCAGGAAGGCUGGGGAGAUGCUCGGCAGACACGUGGUGGCAGUGUUGCCUGAGAUCGACCCGGUCUUGUUUCAGGGGGAGAUGGGCCUACCCAUCCUGUGUGUGGGCUCUGUGUGGAAGAGCUGGGAGCUGCUGAAGAAAGGUUUCCUUCUGGCGCUGACCCAGGGCCGAGAGACCCAGGCUCAGAACUCCUUCUCUGGCUUCACCCUACUGAAGCUGCGACAUUCCUCUGCCCUGGGUGGGGCCAGCCUCGGGGCCAGGCACAUCGGACAUCGCCUCCCCAUGGACUAUGCUGCCAACACUGUUGCCUUCUACUUCCACACCUUCUCCUAGGGGGCUGGCCCUGGCUCCACCCCGCCUAGCACCAUGUGCUGCCCAAGAGGAAGCUUUGGGCUUGUCGUGACUCAUUAAACCAGACAAGCCUAGCACUGUGGACACUGGGUGCUGGAAAGGAGGCUUUUUUUUUCUUUUUUUUAAAAAACAAACACAUAUAAAAGAAAAUAAAUGCACUUUAUCCACUCCCCA